AUGGCUCACUAUCAUUCUGCGUUAUCUGAUGAGAUUCCAUUGUUUAAUAAUACUAUAACUUUAGAGGAAAAGGAAAAUAUUGAAUCACUAGCAGAUAUAUAUUCUAUUAUAAUCACUACUGAUAAUGUUGAGAAGGCAUACCUUAAGGAUAGUAUCAGCAAUGAAGAGUAUACAACUUAUAUUAACAAAUUAUUAGUCCAAUACAAGACGUAUUUAUCAGAAGGUAAUACCAACCUAUUAACACAAUUUGGUGACCUUACUGCAUUUAAGGAUAAAUACGAUAUUAUUGCACCAAAUGCAAUAACGAGGUUGGAAAGGGGUAUCCCAGUCACUGUAGAACAUGCAUUGGAGCCAACCAGGGAUAGAAAUUCAGACGGAGACGAAAAUCAUUCAUCACAAACUAUUAUCAAUACAAACAGUGGAAAAGAUAUAGCCGAAGCUACAGGUAAUUUUAUAACAGUAAUGGAUGCAUUAAAGUUAAAUUAUAGAGCUAAAGAUCAAUUGCAUCCUCUGAUGUCUGAAUUAUUAUUAAGUAUUAAUAAAGUGACUAGAUCAGAAUUUAAAAAUAGGUCCAAGUUAGUUGAGUGGAUUGUUAAAAUUAACAAGAUGAAAAUGAAGGACUUAUUGUCAGAGGACGAAGCAAGAGAACUUUUGUUUGAAUUAGAUUUAGCUUACAAGGCCUUUUAUACAUUACUUCGUUAA